AAUUAGUCAGAUCAAGUCCUAAGAAGCCGCAAUAUAACAACGAAAGAAAUUUGGAACAGCUUUUAACCAUGCAGCACACGGGCGCUAUCGUCUUUCUGGGAUGUAUCUUUCUUCUUGCGUUCACGACAAGCGUCCGAAAGGUGCACCGGGUCCACCAUUCCCACCGAAAAAACGGUCAUGCGCCGGUUGGAUACGCGACAGGACGACAGGCCCUUACCGAAUCCCAACUGCAUGUACUUCCCGUUAAACACCACCCUUUAUUGCCCACUCGGCAUGGACAUCCCUGGCAACUUUGACGUCACGAAGAUCGGCAAAGAUGUCCAGCAGAUCACCAUCAACGGCCCCGGGCGGAACAUCCUCCGUUCGGACGCUCCGCCCAUCCCAGCUGACCUCACCGCCCUCACGCAGAUUAUUUUUAACGGUUUCACGGAUGAGAACAACUCUAGCAUUUCGAUUAAACGCUUCGUGGACAACGUCAAAGAUCACCUGGUCGUUCUCAGUAUAGCCAACAGCAAACUGGGAUCCCUGGAGGAUGGAUUUCUUCAGGGAUUCUCCCAGUUGCAGAAUCUGAAUUUCGCCAAGAGCGACAUUUCGUCCAUCAGCAGGACAGCGUUUCUACGAGAUGGUUCAAUGACGAUAAGCGUUAGUCUGAUGGAGAACCAGCUGGAGACCAUUGAUUGGGCCGUUUUCCAAUCGCUUUCCCACACUUUACUGGCGGUGCAAAUUAACUCGCAAAGUCCGGGAUUAAAAUCCAUUAGCUGCUCGACCAACUUCCGCUUUGCGGAGCCCCUGUUGUCCCUGCAGUUGGGCGGGAACCAGUUGCCGCAGUGCUUACUGGACUCGCUGAGCAAUAACACCCAUUCCGACAUCGGCGUGGACGAUAAUCCGUUCUGCCCGACGGACGGAAUGUGCACCUGUCCCGCAUUGGCGCCGUUCUUGUAUUUUGCAUGCGAUUUCUUCGCUGCCGACCCGCACUUCGGUUUGAGCUUUAAGUGCGGCACGGGAACCAAUAAGCGCUCGUGGAGUCUGCACCAGAUGCCGCCCAACGCGCCUUGCACGGGCGGAGCGCAAAGGCUUCUUCAAGCGAGCUGGUUUCUUUUGAUAGCUGCUAUACUGAGUUUCUGUACACUCUGUAAAAAUUCCAGCAGCUUUUGAAUUGAACAGCUACGCAUAUAGUCGCAUAAUGAAUUUCCGUGGGAAUGUCUUGUCUUUUGCUCUGUCGGCUGUUUAAAUUGUCUGGGAAUUCAAAAAACUUUAAGCUGGAUUUGAAUAAAAAAUCCAAAACGU